UCUUUCCUUCUCUCCCCAAAAUUCUUUAUCUCGUGUAUAAGCACUUUGAUUUCCUCCUCAGGUCUUCUUCGGCUGGUGAGCUUCUUUCUCGUCCUCAGAGGUCUCACCUAUAGCCUUGCCCUGGCCCUACCUGCUGUGCAGCUUGCACCGGAUGGAGUCCCUCCUAAUGUUCUUCCGUUGCGGCGUCCCUCCCCUAAACUUUCUUUUCCGAAUCUUCGUACUCCUCCCCGUUUGUCUGCGUUGUGUGCAUCCUCUCGACGAUUGACCACUUCUUCCUCUCGUGUCAUCGUUACGUAUCCCCCACGGAACGAACACCUUCAUCACCAUUCCUUUUCGUGCUCAUAGCAUCCCCAUCAGUUCUGUCUUUAUUCUGUCAUUCUGUCACACCUCCAUAGCCGCUUUCCUCCCUCCAUUCUUUACUGCAUCAUUUCGUUUCCUCUUCAUCUCAAUGUUUCUCACCUACACGAACCUACUCAUCUCCGUGGUCAAUUCCCAUUGGGCUAUGCGCCACUCUUAAAGAAGAAGAAGAACAAGAAUCUCUGCGAAUCUCCCUUUGUGGAUCACUGCCGCACUGUGAAGAGGAAGAAGGAACAAUGUCGAACCUUGCCGCGACGCUGCCUUUUCUCCCGUUCCUGUUGGUGCAACUGGAAAGCUGGAGCGGCGAGAUUAGCGUGUUAGAUGCCCGAGCAAACAGCCACUACCACGAGGGCUACGCCUUUACCCUAUGGAAGCUGCCGUCGGCCGUGGAAUGUAGAGACCCCAGGCGGCAGGCAGUCGCUCUCCGUGAGACCACUUCGCCCUUUUGGCCCAUGCCACUACGGUUCAAGCAGCUCAGAAGCGGGUUCUACUGCUUCACAGCCAUCAAACGAAACUGCUACCGCGAAUGCCACAAUGUCACCUCCGCGGUCACCCAACUUCAGGGCACCAACCCUCCUCCACGUUGCUGCGACGCUCGCGACGUCCACUUCACAUGGACUUCGAGCGACAGCGUCUUAGACGUGACAGUCACCACCACACGAGAGAGCGUCGCCUGUCGCCUGUUCCUGGUCACCAUUUGGCCGGUGCCUCUGUGGUCUGACGUCUGUUACGAUCAGCUCAACAAACGUCGCCAUAUCACGCAUCAGGCCGCAGCAAACUCGACCACAAGCUUCUUUAAGCUGAACAAGAACGAAGCUUUCUGUGUCACUAUCAUACCUGGAUGUUUUGACUGUCAUCUACAAUGUCCCAUGCUUGCCUCCGAGAAGGUUACCAUCGGAGCGGAGUUCAACUACAUAGCUCCUGCUGAAGGUGAACGUGUCGCUGAAAACGAUACAUUGGAACCCAUUAUUCGAUUCGUUUUUAUUGGAAGCAUCUUAUUGUUGGCUAUGUGGACGGUAGUCAUUGUAAGAAUCGUAACAACGAGGACAGUGUCAACAAGGGGCCAGUUUGAUGUGUAAUGUGUCGUCCACGUUCAUUGCCCAAUUCUUAUUUUUGCUGUUGCAUAUUUCGUAGUGUUUGUUCCAGGAUAUUCGAAGUCAUAAAAGGUACUUUUUAAUGUUGAAUGCACUUCACAAUGCUGUACCCGCGUGUCCGGAUCAGCGUCUGGAUCCCAAGGUGUUUUUAUCUGCAGCCAAUGGAUAUAAGUAUUCUCGCGUAUACUGCUCUCCUGACACAUGCAAGUGUGUGUUGGGGAGGUCGCCCUAGUUUCACUGCUGAGGCUGUGAGGGCGACUGGCGCUAACAGAACUACGCGUGGUCGUCAAGGGGAAGGGCAAAGGGAACUGUGGUGUAGUGGCGUCAGUGGUAUUAAUAUUGUACUGCACGCGCUUCAUCUUGUUAGCAUUUUCUCUCUCUUUCUGCUUGAGGAUUGUGAAGCUGUAUGUCCUGUUCAUCUACACUGGCAACGAGGAUUGGAUGACAUU